UUUUAAAUGUCAAAUCGUUUAUCAGCAGAUAAAUUUGAAAAAAGGUUUUUCUUCAUAAAAAAAUAUAAUUAAUCGGAAAAUGGAAGGAGAAAGUUCCAAACGUUUCAGAAACUUUACAGAUGUCGAAAAAAAUAUGUUAUUUGAUUUGAUUAUUGAGCACAGAGAUGUGAUUGAAAAGAAAAAAAAAACGAAGUGUAAAAGAGAAAAAUGGCUGGAAAUAAUUAACAACUACAUCAAUAAUUGUCAGACAGGUUCUCGUACUGCUAAACAACUACAAGCUCUGUAUGACACAAAGAAAAAGAAAGGAAAAAUAUUCACGACGACAAGGUUAGAAUUAGUUUGUUUUAAUUAUAUCAAUAUCUGCACUUAUGUUUUUAUAGAAGAAUAUAUAUAAAACUGGCGGUGGAACUUUUAUUCCACGGAGUGAUGAGCUGGAUAAGAAAGUCUGUACAGUUUUGAAACCACAAUACCAACAUUUGCAUAAUAAUUUUGACUCAUCAGCUGAGUAUUUUCAAGUAAUAAAAAGAAUGUUCCACAAAUUGUCGAAUUAGUAGGAAAUCGAAAUAGGUCUGAAGAUGCGCAAAGUCCCACCAUCCAAAUUGUUCAGUUGGGGAAUUCAGUAUUAUCGUAAACCAAUCAGUCCAAAAUACCAUAUAUCAAAAAUAUAAUGAAAUAGAUAAUGUGCCAAAGGAAACACGAAAACCAAAUGUCAAGUGUCAACAAGAACAGUUGAAAGAAAAAUUUUUAAAAAUAAAUUUAAUUCAUGAUUUAUAAAAAAGAGAAAAAAUUAUUGAUAUUGAAAAAUUGGCAAAAGAAAAUGAGCUAAAGGCAACAACUCCGGAAUUACUAAUUAAAGAGACUGAAUUAAAAUUAAAAGAAAUGAAAAAUAAAAACGUGGAACUUCAGCAAAAAACUGAAGAACGUGCCAGACAGGUUCGAGAAAUGGAAGUUGAAAUGAAGGAACACAAGCUGAACAUAAAAAGAAAGAAAAUG